GCACCAAAGCAAGCCGGGCCCCGCCAUAACGCCUCCCGAUAAACACCAGCGCACCCAGCCACCCACCAGCAAUUCCCGGCCCCCCGGUGGCUGGCCCACGCCGUCAGCGGGAGUGCUGCCGAAUCGGUGUUGGGCUCCCUUUUAUAGACGUAACCGCAGCAGAGAUGCGGGAGGGGUGGCGGCCGGUUUUAUUAUCGGAGAAGCAAAUUGAAUUGAAUGGCACCGGCUCCGAUUAGCUGGACCCGUAGCUGUUGUUCCUGCUGUUGUCGUAGCCAUAGCAUCCCACUCCUCCCUCCUCGGUAGAUUCGCCUCAUCGCCUCCCUCCUCCUCCUCCUCCUCCUCUCUUUCUGCUCUCCCCGCUCUGCAUGGAGCCAGGCGCGCCGUGGCGCGGUCCGCGCCAGGGGUACGCCUACGGGGUCGGAUCGGCGACGGCGAUGCAGAUGCAGCUGCAGGAGCGGGCCGACGCGGCCGCCGGUGGAGGGGUGCUGAAGAGGAGCCUCGGCGAGCUGGAGAGGUGGCAGCACCAGCAGCAGCACGUGGCGGCGCAGCAGGCGCUGUACCUGCGCGCCGUGAGGCAGCGCACGGCUGCGGCGGUUGAUAUCGCCGCCUUGCUGGGAGGGAUCCCGUCUCAGGUUGUCCCCGGGUCCAGCUUUGGAGGGGGGCUAGCGUCGCCUUCGUCGACGUUAUCGUCGCUCACCACCGCGUCCAGGGCGGCGGUGCCGCUGAUGCAGCCGCAGCCGCAGAGGCAGGGGCCGCUCAUGACGUCCUCACCGCAGACGCAGGCCUUCGGGUUAUCGAGGGCGCCGCUGCCUCAGCCGUCGGUUUCGAGCGAUCUGUUCAUUCUACAGGAGCUCGAGAAGCAGCUGCUGGACGACGACGACGACGACAACGAGCCGGUGGCGGCGAUGAGCGGCACCGGUUCCGCGGUCACCAACUCCGAGUGGGAGGAGACGAUACAACAACUCAGCUCCAUCGCAGCCGCGCCGUCGCCCGGGCCCCCUGCAGCGGCGACCCCAACCAACAACAACAACAAUAACGUGGGGAUGACGAGGUCACCUUCAAACUCCUCCUCCUCCACCGCGUCUUCAUCCGCGUCCUGCUCGCCGCCGACCCCCGGGGCCGCGUCGAGGCAGCUAUUGUCUGAAGCCGCGGUCGCUAUCGCGGACGGCAACCAUGACGCGGCGGCCAGCCAUCUGGCCGCCCUGAAGCGCGCGGCCAACCAGCACGGCGACGCGGAGCAGCGGCUGAUUGCCAUGAUGGUGGCCGCGCUGUCCUCCCGCAUUGUCCCUGCCGCCUCCGCCCCAGCUCAACACCUCGCCGAGCUCUGCGGUUUCGAGCAGCGCGCUGGGUCCCAACUCCUCCAGGACAUCUCGCCGUGCUUCCGCGUCGCCCUCCACGCCGCCAGCGUCGCCAUCGUCGAUGCGGUCGGCGACCACCGUGCCAUCCACCUCGUCGACUUCGACGUCAGCCUCCCGCAGCACGCGGCUCUCAUCCAGUACCUCGCCGACCAACCCGUGCAGGGAAGGUCCCUGAAGGUCACCGCCGUCACCGACCCGAGCUCACCGUUCACGCAGUCUCUAACUGCGUCGCUACCCGCCAUCGGGGAGCGCCUGAAGAAGCUCGCGGAGCGAGCUGGCGUGGAGUACCGCUUUAAAGUGGUCAGCUGCAGAGCAGCAGAGCUGGAUGCGUCCAGGCUGUGCUGCGAGCCCGGGGAGGCGGUGGCAGUCAACCUCGCCUUCGCACUCUCCCACGUGCCCGACGAGAGCGUCUCUCCGGCCAACCCCCGCGACGAGCUGCUCCGGCGCGUGCGCGCGCUGGGCCCGCAGGUGGUGACCCUCGUCGAGCAGGAACUGAACACCAACACGGCCCCGCUGGCGGCGCGCUUCACGGACGCGUGCGCGCACUACGGCGCCAUCCUCGAGUCGCUGGACGCGACGCUGGGGCGGGAGACUGCGGAGAAGGCCAGGGCCGAGGCGGCCCUGUCGAGGAAGGCGGCGAACGCGGUCGGCCGGGAUGGCCCCGACCGGCUGGAGCGGUGCGAGGUCUUCGGCAAGUGGCGCGCCAGGUUCGGCAUGGCGGGCUUCCGCCCGGUGUCGCUCGGCUCGAGCAUUGCGGAACAGAUGGUCGCCCCCCGCGUCGGCCCGGUGCCUCCCGGGUUCACAGUCAAGGCGGAGAACGGCGUGCUCCGCCUCUGUUGGAUGGGGCGCGUGGUGACCGUCGCCUCCGCGUGGCGCUAGACCACCACCGGGACGGCGGGCGGCGCACCGCCCGGGCGCGCCAUUAUUGCCGUCACUAAAUCGUCAGUUACAUAAUUCGCGCUAUUGCUUUCCUCGUUCUCUUUUUUACCUUGGUUGGGUGAGGAGUGAUGAGUUUGUCAUUGAUCUGGUAAAAUCCUUCCUAGUUGGUAGCGGCUCAUAAUUCUUAUAACUGCUCAUAGUAGUAUAUGGAAAAGAGUAAGUUAUAUCGCGAUCUCCUGCUAAUUUUGUGUGGCGUGUUGCUAGGAGAAGAUGACAUUCUCUCUGAUUCAUUCA